UUUGUUAAUCUUGUUUUAAAAAAAAUUUCCAAUAAUCAAGUGUUUUAAUCUCAAUUCUUUUGAUUUAUCAAGAUUUGCAUUAUUGAUAAGUUACCAAAAGAUCGUAGCGCCAAUGGUGAUAGAAAUAGAAAUUAAAUUUUCGAGAUAUCGUUUUAAACAUGAGUUAUCUACAUACCUAAUCGAUAUAUAAUCGAUUAGUACUGAUGAUUUUUUACGAUUUGUCUUAUUUAUUUAAUUUUACUAAUAACGUUACGUAUAAAACUAGAUUUUUAAUUUGUAAUAAACACUAUAUCUCUUUUAUUUUCUAUAACUUUAUAUAGAUAUAAUAUUAUAUUUAUAAUGAACAGUUUCUCAGAUCCACGACGUCCCGAGAAGGAAGUUCGAUACAAACCUACGGUGUCAAGUAAUCAAGCACAACCAGGAGAUGAUUCGAUACCAGAUUACAUAAAUAUUCUAGGAAUAAUCUUCAGUAUGUGCGGUUUAAUGAUGAGAUUGAAAUGGUGCGCUUGGCUAGCUCUUUAUUGUUCUUGUAUUAGUUUUGCCAAUUCUAGAGUCAGUGAUGGUACUAAACAUAUACUUAGCAAUUUUAUGUUAUCCAUAUCUGCCGUUGUAAUGUCUUAUUUACAAAAUCCACAGCCUAUGACUCCUCCAUGGGCAACAGCGAUACAAUAAAAUAUUAGACAUAAUUAGGAAAUUACAUUGUUUACAUUAAAUCUAUUUAUAUGUAUGUAUAUUGAAUUUGUCAUUUAUCAUUUUUUGAUAUUAAAAAAAAAAAAAAAAAAAAAAAAAAAAAAAAUGUAUUACAUAUAUAAAUUUGUACUUUAAUAUGAUAUGCACAUCAAAGGAAUGAAUGAUGAAGUAAAACUUUUCAUGUACUUACCAAGA